CCCAUGUCCUAAUACAAGCUGCCCCCUCCAGGCAAGCCAUCCGUAGUAUCUAGUGCAUCGCAUUCACCAUGUUCCCUCAGGGCCUGGCCUUUACUGUCGUUGCGGCUUGGACUCUUUUCUCUACUGUCGCUCUUUCUCUACCGCAUUCGAAUACACACUCAUUAAUUACUGAAGCGUCCAGUAACCAAACAUGCAGAAAUUCGAUCUCUCCUUUCGAUUAUUCUGCGAAAACACGAGAAGAAGACAGCGCUCUAGCAUGCGAUCCACAAGUACACUUCACACAGUUGUUUGAACGGCAAAUGCAAACAGACGAUGAUUACACCUGCUCAGAAUCAAAACCAUGCCGAAACGGGGCUUGCUGCCCUAAGGCAACUGGUGUUUGCAAUUAUGGAGAGAAGUACUGCGGAACCAACGGCCAGAGCCCCAACGAUGUCUGCUGGUCAAAUUGCAACGCUAAAGCAGAGUGCGGGAUCAAUUCCGAUACGAAGGAUAGGAAGUGUCCUUUGAACGUUUGCUGCUCCAAGUUCGGUUUCUGUGGCAUGACCAAGGAAUUCUGCGAUAAGGGCACAAAGGAAGACCCUGGAUGCCAGAGCAACUGUGAACAGCCCGGAUCUGGAGGAUCCAAUGGAAACGUCCAGAACCGUAUUAUUGGAUACUAUGAAGCUUGGGCUCACGACCGCAAGUGCCAGGGCAUGGACUUUAGAGAUAUCCCUGUUGGCGCUUUGACACAUCUUUACUUCUCAUUCGGUUACAUUACACCCAACAACUUCGACGUUGUACCUAUGGACAAUCUCUCGCCCGAUCUGUUCACCGAGUUUACCAAGGUCAAGCAGAGAAAUAGUGGCCUGAAAACGGUGAUUGCCCUUGGAGGAUGGACUUUCAAUGACAAUGGUACUGCUACUCAACCUGUAUUCAGCAACAUGGUCAGUUCUUCAAGCAACAGAGCAAAGUUCAUCAAGAAUUUGUUUGCAUUCCUGCGCGAGUAUGGAUUUGACGGGGUCGACUUCGACUGGGAGUACCCGGGUGCACCAGACCGCGGCGGACAUCCAGACGACGGAAAGAAUUUCGUGACGUUCUUGAAAGAGUUGAACGACGAGAACAAUAAGCAGCCACAUAAGUAUACCGUCUCAUUCACGGUCCCAACUAGCUUCUGGUACUUGAGAUGGUUUGAUCUCAAGGCUGCCGAAUACGUCGACUUCAUCAAUGUUAUGAGCUACGACUUGCACGGUAUCUGGGACAGCACCAAUCCUAUUGGUAGCCACGUUUAUGCUCACACAAAUCUCACAGAGAUCAAGCUUGCGCUUGAUCUGUUUUGGCGUAACAGCGUGAAGCCUGACAAGCUGAACAUGGGGCUCGGCUUCUACGGAAGAAGUUUUCAGCUCUCGGAUCCGACCUGUUACAAGCCAGGCUGCAACUUCAAGGGCGGCGCUGCUCCCGGUGGUUGCUCUCAGAAUUCGGGAACUCUCACCUACAAAGAGAUACAGGAAAUCGUUAAGAACAAUAAGCUGAAGCCCUACCAUGACAAGGAGGCUGGUGUGAAGUACAUUACCUGGAACCGGGAUCAGUGGGUUUCAUACGAUGACCAGGAGACGUUCAAGCAGAAGAUAGACUUCGCCAACAAACUCGGCCUUGGUGGAUUGCUCAUCUGGGCCAUCGACCAAGAUACAGAUGAGCUCGAUGCACUAAAAGCUGUUUUGGCCCCGAAGACUAUUGCUGCGUUUGCAAAAGAAGCAGACGAUGCAUCCUUCUGGGGAGAUGCCACCGUUCCCGACUGCUACGUCACAGAUUGUGGAGGAAGCUGCAAGGCCGGCUUCUUCAAGAUCACUGACCAGCCUUGUGGGGGUGCCAAACCAGUUACAAGGCAUUCUAAGGAGAAAAACAGUCUCUUGUGCUGCCCUCUUGACGGCGCCCCUGACUCAAGUCAAUGUAGAUGGCGAGGGGAGGCUCCAUCCUGCAACGGUCACUGCCAUGACGAUGAAGUCACAUUGGAGCUCAACAGAUGGGGCGACGGUAAAUACUGUGAAGAUGGUAAUAAGGUAUACUGUUGCGAUUCCCCGGGAGCAAAGGAGAACAAGUGUUACUGGGCUGGUGUAGGGAAAAGCUGUAACGGAGAUGAUGAGACCAUGACUUUCUCAGGCACCUUCCUUGAUACCCUCGUCGACAUCGCUAAACUCACCCCUCUCCGCGGCAGUGCUCUAGUUAAGGUUUUGGACGAGCUCAAUAUGGACCUUGAAAAGCGAUAUUGCUGCCCAAAGAAGGACGCGAAGAACUUUGAGAACUGCAGAUGGUACGGCAAACCUGGAUCUUGUUUCGACAAUCACUGCCCGAUUGGACAUUCAGUACAACUCACAGACAGUCCUUACGGUCUCGGCGAGUCCUGCUUUCCUCGCCUUGAGCGAAGCCGGGUGUUUUGCUGCGAUCCCGCCCAUGGAAAGUCUCCAUUCCUACCAGUGCCACUGAGCCGUCUUUUCAAAGAUCCACCUACUGGCGACAACAUUGACACGGACUUCACGUUGAAAGUCGAUGACACCUUUGGAACGAAUAAUGCCAAGACGGGAGAAGAUCCAAGCGACGCAGCCUUCCAGUUCGUCGUUCUCGCUUCUCCUGAAGAACUUCAGACGUCGCUUGACAAGCGUGACGGAUCUCACUGGGAGCUCUACGGCUGCAACGACGAUGUUAGUGAGGAAGAGCAGACAAUUCAUAUGUUCUGCACAGACACAUCUGAAAAUAGCAAUUGCCACAAGAUCGGGCUAGGCCAUGGUGUCCCGGGUACCAUCCUCGAGAUGCCUGCAGGCUGCGGCCCAGGAAGGUAUGCCGUGGCCAAGUCCAUGGAGCCGUCAAAGAACCAAACAAUCCCACCGGCACUACGCAAACGCGGCCUCAUCAACCCCAUCGUCUACGACUUGACAUUUGACUACGAUUUUAAGCGGGUUCCGCGUGAUGUCGGCAACACUCAAAUGCGCGUCGACUUUUCCAACAAGGAUGACUAUUGGGAUAACGUGGUUGCUGCCGCUGCAAGCAAGAAAAAAGCCAAACGCUCCCUCGCGGAUGUUGGCGGCAACCAUAAACGCUGGCUCGAAGAGGAAUGGAGAGAGGACUUUCACUUCGGAGGGCUGAGCCGCGAAGAACUCCACAAACGUUGGUUCGGCUCAGAUCUCGUCGCCUGGUUGACAAACCUCGUGAGCCCCAAGAUCAAGAAACAGUUCACCCAUGACAUCGACGAGGAGAUUAUAGCCAAGAUCGUCGAUGACCAAGUGGACUGCGGUUCCGGCAAUGCCAAGUUCCACGCGCACAUCUUGGUCCAAGCCAUGACCAACAUCAAGGUCUCAACGAGUUUCGGAUUCUCGCUCAUAACGCGCCUGAACUUCGACUCUGACACUCCGUUGGAUCUCAGCCAGUCAUAUCUCACUUUCAGUAACAAUGGUGAAAUCACGGCAACUUUUCGACUUGAGGCUCUGAUGAAAGUCUCGUAUGACACUGGCGAUCGUACAAUCGUGACGCUGCCGUUUCCCGGAGCGACAUUCCGCGUACCAGGAAUCGUCACUAUCGGCCCAGCCGUUAGAGUCGCGGGAUCAUUCAAUGCUGGCUUGACGCUGUCAGCCGAAGUCGAGACAAAAGUCGAUAUCGCAUCUUGGGAUGUUGCACAAACACUUCCCGAUCCCAACUCCAAUUUCGAUCCCAAACUCGAUCACGACAUGGACACUCGAGAUACCGGCAAUCCCAAUGGGCUUAUGCAACCCCAAUUCUAUGCUGCAGUCAAAGCUGAAGGAAAGGUUGAAGCUCAUCUGAAGGCCAUAGCUGAGUUUGGAAUCCGUUUUGAUGACAAAUGGAAGGUCGGCGCAGCGACAGCGGGGGUUGCAGCGGACGGUUUCGUCAGAUUUUCAGUUGCUGCUGGUAAAAGCACCGACAAGACCUGUCCUUGGACCUACGGACUUAAGCUUGGAGCAUCCUUGGUUGCUGAGGUCGACACACCGCCCAUGUUCGGCUGGGGUAAACAUACAUGGCCGCUUCCUGGAUCUGGAGAAGUGGACAUUAUCAAAGGUGGAACAUGUCCAGAGCUCAGAGCUGGGAGUCCGGACAAGCGAAGCGUUACAAUCAUCUCAAGCGGGCCCCGAUACGAGCUUGAUGGCGUCUCGUCGACCGAAGUGGUAUCCAGCAACUCGUCUCUCCAUACCCUCAGCAAACGGGCCACGCCUUGGGGUCCUCCAUUCCACUUACCACUCCAGGCCAUGUUCUGUCCCAAUGCCAAUUCAGGUAGUAGCAAUACAGGAUCGGAGUGCGAGAAGCUUUCUGGUUGGAACAAGAGAUCACUGUUGCUAGACACGCGUGACGCUGGGGAUUCCUCCACUUUACACAGCCUCGAAAAGCGAGCCAAGAAGAAGCCGAUUACGUUCUGCAAGGGCGGUGGGCGAAUGACUAUCAACGCUCCUGCCUACGAUGCAGCGGAUUCUAGCUACUAUACCAACGUUCCUAAUUCACUUGUAUACGGCUACACCAACCGUGCCGUAUGCACAGAUUUUGGUUUCGGGCAACUAGGUCAUGACCCAGUCAAUCUAUUCGACACCGAGCAUGUGCUCGAGUUUCAGCUAAUUCCCAUCUUCUUGGACGCUAUCAGUAACAACGUACAAUGCCCAAAUCCUGAUCCGAACAAGCUAGGGCAACUAACCGACCUUUGUCACUGCAUGAAGCCUCUGUGGGAUAUAACCGCCCAAUAUUGGCCCCAGGGAGUCACGAUGAAUCCUAUUGAUCAGAUUGCGAGUGAACUUCCAGGCAGCAGCAACCAGUGGAGAAGCGAGCAGCUCUUGCUGGAAAAAGACGUGAACCAGCGUGCGAAACAAGGCAUGUGGGGAGACGAUCGCAUCAACAACGACUUCACGAUGCAAGAAUACCUCGGCGCCGAACCAGACAAAGCAUUCAAGAACAUCAAGGAUGUCAUCUCAGUCCUCCGCUAUCACAUGGAUCCGACCGUCAACCAACGUCUUGUCGACCAGAAGAACCGUGUCGGGAAUAUGAUGAAUCGGCUCGAUACCGUAUUGAUACCGCAAGUGCAAGUAGUGGGACGAGGGAAGAACUUUGGAAGAUGGCAGCCCGUGGGUCUCCAAACCCGAUGGAACACAUGGAUUCGUGGGCGUGCCAAUGAAGCGCGUGUGAAGGCCGAGACCUAUAUUGAGACGUACUUGGAGCGAUUAAAGGAUGGAUAUGCGAGCGAUGUCCAGAGACAGGUUGCUGCUGAUGGAGAUCCGAAUGAUCCUUUGAUCAUUGCGGCCAGGGCGCUGAUUGGCAAGAUCGAUGCAUUGGAUAAUGAGUGGCAGAAUAAUCGGCCAAACUGGCAGAAUCCGUUCUAGAUGGAGAAUUACUGAUUUAAUCGGUCCUGCGUGGAUCGGAACUCUUUCUUCGAUAUUCCUCUUCAAAUUGUGAGCCC